AUGGCUUCUGACCUAGAGAGUAGCCUUACCUCCAUAGACUGGCUCCCCCAGCUGACCCUUCGAGCUACCAUUGAGAAGCUAGGGAGUGCCUCUCAGGCUGGGCCUCCAGGUGGCAGCCGCAAGUGUCCCCCAGGCUCACCCACAGAUCCAAAUGCCACCCUGAGCAAAGAUGAGGCAGCUGUGCACCAGGAUGGCAAGCCACGGUACAGCUAUGCCACCCUCAUCACCUAUGCCAUCAACUCCUCUCCAGCCAAGAAGAUGACCCUCAGUGAGAUUUACCGCUGGAUCUGUGAUAACUUCCCCUAUUACAAGAAUGCUGGCAUUGGCUGGAAGAAUUCAAUUCGGCACAACCUUUCUCUCAACAAGUGUUUCCGGAAGGUGCCUAGACCUCGGGAUGACCCUGGGAAGGGCUCUUAUUGGACAAUUGACACCUGCCCUGACAUCUCCCGAAAGAGAAGACACCCUCCAGAUGAUGAUCUAUCCCAAGACUCACCAGAACAGGAGGCAAGCAAGAGCCCACGGGGAGGCGUUCCAGGGGGUGGAGAAGCCUCACUGCCUUCAGAGGGGAAUCCUCAGAUGUCCCUUCAGGGCCCCACAUCUAUUACCAGCUACAGCCAGGGCACGGGAUCUGUGGAUGGGGCAGCAGUGGCAGGAGGGGUUCCAAGCCGAGAAAGCGCCGAGGGUCCUCCUCCCCUGUAUAACACCAACCAUGACUUCAAGUUCUCCUACUCAGAGAUCAAUUUUCAGGAUCUAAGCUGGUCCUUUCGCAACCUCUACAAAUCCAUGCUGGAGAAAUCCUCUUCCUCCUCCCAGCAUGGCUUCUCCUCUCUCCUGGGGGACAUGCCGCCCUCUAACAACUACUACAUGUACCAGCAGCCGCCGCCGCCGCCCCAGCAGCCGCCACCUCCCCAGCAGCCACCGCCCCAGCAGCCGCCGCCGCAGCCGGCCCCCGCCCAGGGCCCCUCCGCUGUAGGGGGUGCGCCUCCACUGCACACCCCAAGCCCGGAUGGUUGUACCCCAGCCGGGGGUAAGCCGGCUGGGGCCGAAGGCUAUGGGCCUCCCUCGGUGAUGGCCAUGCACCCACCCCCACUGCAGCACGGAGGCUACCACCCACAUCAGCACCAUCCCCACCCCCACCCUGCCCAGCAGCCGCCGCCACCGCCGCCGCAGGCUCAGGGCCAGGCUCCUAUCAACAGUACUGGCUUCGCCUUUCCUCCUGACUGGUGCUCCAAUAUCGACUCCUUAAAGGAAAGCUUUAAGAUGGUGAAUCGGCUCAACUGGUCCAGCAUUGAGCAGUCACAGUUCUCAGAACUGAUGGAGAGUCUGCGACAGGCAGAGCAGAAGAACUGGAGCCUCGACCAGCAUCACAUUGCCAAUCUGUGUGACUCUCUCAACCACUUCCUUACCCAGACCGGUCACGUGCCCCCCCAAGGGGGCUCCCACCGGCCACCAGCCUCUGCCCGUAUUGCUGACUCCUGUGCCCUUACCAGUGGUAAACAAGAGCCAGCCAUGAACCAAGUGAACUCUUAUGUGCACCCACAAGCCCCCCACCUCUACCCUGGCCCAUCACCAAUGUACCCAAUCCCCACCCAGGACUCAGCAGGAUACAAUCGCCCAGCACACCACAUGGUCCCUCGGCCACCGGUUCCCCCUGCGGGCACCAACGAGGAGAUCCCUGAUGACUUCGACUGGGAUUUGAUCACUUAGGGCAUCACGGAGCACAGCCCUGAGCCUGAGGCUGGGCAGCAAAGUCUGGCAGUGGGGCAAGAACGGCCCUGGCCCACCCCUUCCUCCUUGCUGUAUAUACUUAUAUAGCCUCUUUUUUUCUUGCUCUGUCAGAGAAGCCACUGCGAGAUGCUGCCGAAGAUAACCCCCCCUUUCCUGCCUCCUUCUUCCUCUUCCUUCCUGUUUUUUUCCGAAUUCUUUU